AUGGCCAGCGAAGCAGCAGCACAGGUCCAACUCAACAACUUCGAGUCCAUCUUCUCCCUCGAAGGCAAAGUCGCCGUCGUUACCGGCGGCUCGCGCGGCCUGGGACUUCACGUCGCCAGCGGCCUCCUCCAAGCAGGCGCGUCUAAGGUGUACAUUUCGUCGCGCAAGGCGACAGCAUGCGAUGAAGCAGCGGCUGUCCUCAAUGCGCUCCCCAAUAAGCGGCCCGGCGCUCAGGCCAUUGCUGUCCCUGCCGAUGGCUCCAAGAUGGCGGAACUAGACCGUCUGGUUGCAGAGGUUGGCAAGACUACGGACCAUGUCGACAUCCUGUUUGCGAAUGCAGGUGCUACCUGGGGGGCGCCGUUUGAUGAGUAUCCGGAGCAGGCUUUUAAGGCAAAAGCUACACUACAAGACCCAUCGCGAGUCAUUAUCACAGCGUCUGUCGCCGGCAUCGGCAUUGGAACAGUAGGCAAAAACGGCACCUAUGCGUAUUCCGCAUCCAAAGCAGCAGCCAUCAGUUUGGCCAAGACUCUGGCCGUUGAGCUGGGCCCGCGGCAUAUCCUGACAAACGCCGUUGCGCCGGGCUUCUACCCCUCGAAGAUGGCCAACGGGCUGAUGGAGAUGUCGGGCGGCCAGGAAGCGCUGGCAAAGGCGUCGCCAAAUGGGCAUCUCGGUCGACCAGAGGACAUAGCGGGCUUGGUGGUGUUCUUGUCGAGUCGCGCGUCCAGUCAUAUUAAUGGCGAAGCUAUAGCGACGGAUGGUGGGAGACUGCUGGCUGGGAACAAGCUGUGA